AUGGCUCCCGCGAGGCGCCUCGCCGCCGUGCUGGCGGCUGCUGCCGCUGCGUCGACGGCCGCGGCGCUCUUCGUCAACGGCUCCGUCAGCGCGCCCUGCGACUCGCCCAUCUACUGCCACGGCGACAUCCUGCAGGAGAUUGAGCUGGCGCGGCCGUUUGCCGACUCGAAGCACUUUGUCGACAUGCCCGCGCGGCGUCCCCUCGCCGAGAUCCAGGCCGCCUUCGACAAGCUGCCCAAGCCGCUCAAAAACGACAGCACGCUCAACGACUUCCUCGACACGUACUUUGCCGACGCCGGCGGCGAGCUCAAGGCGGUGCCCAAGGACCAGCUCAACACGGACCCGCAGUUCCUGAAGCGCAUCGACGACGCCGUCAUCCGCGAGUUCGUCGCCAAGGUGGUGGACAUAUGGCCCGACCUGACGCGCUCCUACGCCGGCAGCAGCGACGGUACCGGCGACUGCGCCGACUGCCCCAACAGCUUCAUCCCCGUGAACCGCACCUUCGUGAUCCCCGGCGGGCGCUUCCGCGAGCCCUACUACUGGGACACGUACUGGGUCAUCGAGGGCCUGCUGCGCACGCGCGGCGCCUUCACCGGCAUCGCGCGCAACGCCAUCGACAACUUCCUCGACCUCGUGGAGCGCUUCGGCUUCGUGCCCAACGGCGCGCGCGUCUACUACCUCAACCGCUCCCAGCCGCCCAUGCUGUCGCAGAUGGUGCGCGCCUACCUGACGCACACAAACGACACGUCCAUCCUCGACCGCGCGCUGCCGCUGCUCGUCCGCGAGCACGAGUUCUGGACGCGCAACCGCUCCGUCGAGGUGCGCGCGCCUUCUUCGACGGGCGGCCCCGACGGCAAGAAGACCAAGACCAAGACGUACACGCUCAGCCGCUUCGCCGUCGAAAACACCCAGCCGCGCCCCGAGUCGUUCCGCGAGGACUACGUCCAGGCCACCAACGAGUCGUACUACUCCCCCGAGUCGGGCAUCAUCUACCCGCAGGUCGCGCCGCUCAACGACUCGCAGCGCGCGCAGCUCUACUCGGACCUGGCCGCCGCCGCCGAGACGGGCUGGGACUUUAGCAGCCGCUGGCUCGCCCGGCCGGGCGACUCGGCGCGCGACGUCUACUUCCCGCUGCGGUCGCUCAACACGCACAACGUGGUGCCCGUGUGCCUCAACUCGAUCCUCUACGGCAACGAGCGCGCCAUCGGCGACUUCUUCGCGCUGAGGGGCAACGACUCGGCGCGGCGCGAGUGGCACGACGCCGCCGCCCGCCGCAGCGAGGCCAUGCACGCCCUCAUGUGGAACGAGACGCUCUACAGCUACUUCGACUACAACAUCUCGUCGUCGUCGCAGCACAUCUACGUGCCCGCCGAUGACGACGCCGACGUGGACGCCGCGGACGGACCCGCGCCCAAGGGGCAGCAGGUGCUGUUCCACGUCGCGCAGUUCUUCCCCUUCUGGAUGGGCGCCGCGCCGCGACACCUGCGCGACAACCCGUACGCCGUGCAGACGGCCUUUGCCCGCGUCGCCCGCUACCUCGACCUGCGGCCCGGCGGCAUCCCCGCGACCAACAUCCGCACCGGCCAGCAGUGGGACCAGCCCAACGUGUGGCCGCCCCUGAUGCACGUCCUGAUGCAGGGCCUGCUCAACACGCCGGCGACCUUUGGCCGCGACGACCCCGCGCACCGGGACCUGCACGACCUCGCCCUGCGCCUGGCCCAGCGCUACCUCGACUCGACCUUCUGCACCUGGUACGCCACCGGCGGCUCCACGUCGGCCACGCCCAAGCUCGAGGGCGCGCCAAAGGACGCCGUCGGCGCCAUGUUCGAAAAGUACAGCGACGAGUCGACAAACGUCGCCGGCGGCGGCGGCGAGUACGAGGUCGUCGAGGGCUUCGGCUGGACCAACGGCGUCCUCAUCUGGGCCGCCGACACCUUUGCCGGCGAGCUCAAGCGGCCCGACUGCGGCGACAUCAAGCCCGCCAACGUCCACGGCGGCGCGCGCCGCAAGAGGAGCGCCGUCGAGCUGCACCCCCGCGACGCGAGCAGGACCAAGAAGUUUGGUCGCCGCGCUGUUGCGGAUGCAAAGUGA